AUGGAUUUCACCGUCAACUACCACCACAACCACCACUCUACCAACUCCCCUUCCUCCUCCUCCACCUCUUCCUCCAAUCCCCACCCCACCACCACUGCCACCGCCACCACCACUGCCUCCGAUCACGACCCUAUGCACUCUUGGUGGGAGUCUGUCUCCAAGGCCCGCUCUCGAAUCCUAUCUCUAUCCAACAUUUUCUCUUCCCUUUCUUCCUCUUCCUCCUCUUCUUUCUCUCUCUCCUCCCUCGCCGACUCCGACCGUCCCGCUCUCUCUCUUCUCUCUUCCCCCGAGGCCUUCUCCCUCAUCUCUUCCGCCCUUUCGGCUCCUUUCUCCGGUUCCGGCUCAGAUCCCCUCUGCCAAUGGCUUUACGACACGUAUCUUUCGUCCGAUUCCCAUCUCCGUCUCAUCGUCCUCUCUUUCGUCCCUCUCCUCUCCGCUAUUUAUCUCUCUCGUCUCCAUUCCCACGAAACCUCUUCAAUUCCUUCACUCUCCGGAUUCGAAGCCGUAAUUCUCGCGAUUUAUAGCUCUGAAGCCAAGUCACGUGGGGGGAAAGCCUUGCUCGUUCAAAUCCCGGACUUAUCUCAACCCUCACUCUACCACACUCCUCGAAACAAGCCCACUAAGUCAGCUAAGGAGAAAAAAUCUAGGCCGUCCGUUGGAGUUUUAUCGGCCCCUUUGGAGCCGCAGAUUGCUGUGAAGUCAACGAAGCGUGCUUGUAUUCUUGGAACCGCUUUUGAUUGUUAUUAUAAGCAGAUCUCGCAGAUGCCGAGUUGGUCCAAGCUUGAAUUUUGUAAAUUCGCGGCGGUGUGGGCUGGGCAAGAUUGUGAUUGUCAAAAUAGGUUGGAUUUUGAGGGUGAAAAUGUGAACGGCCAUGGCCAUAAUAUUGAUGAUUUAGUUGUUGACGGUUUGGAGAAACUGGGAAUUGAAGAAAAUGGGGGUGCAAAUGGAAAUGUUGAAUUGAAGGGAGUGAGGAUUCCUUUACCUUGGGAAUUUUUGCAGCCUGUUUUGAGGAUACUGGGGCAUUGUUUGUUGGGGCCAAUGAAUUCUCAAGAUGUUAAGGACUCGGCUUCCCUUGCUGUUCGGCGAUUGUAUGCUAGGGCUUCUCAUGAUUUGGUCCCUCAGGCGAUUAUAGGGACCAGGAGUUUGAUUCAGCUUGAUAAUAGAGAGCGAGCUGCUGCUGCUGCAAAGGCCUCUGCUGCCGCCACCACCGAGGCUAAUUCAUCUUCCAAUGUCAAUACACCCGGCAAGGUGAAGAAACCUGAAAUUCUUUUGGUUUCUAAGUGA